AUGCUUGGUAAGAUCGCUCUUGAGGAAGCCUUCGCGCUUCCCCGCUUCGAAGAAAAGACCCGCUGGUGGGCAGGCCUCUUCUCCACGGACGCCGAAACUCACGUCAAGGAAAUCACCGACAUCAACAAGAUCCGCAUUGAGCACGCAGACAAGCAUGGCGUCGGCUACCAAAUCCUCUCAUACACAGCACCUGGUGUGCAGGACAUCUGGGACCCCGUAGAAGCCCAAGCGCUCGCCGUCGAGAUCAACGACUAUAUCGCCGAACAAGUGCGCGUGAACCCCGACCGAUUCGGUGCUUUCGCAACACUAUCAAUGCACAACCCCAAAGAAGCAGCUGACGAACUCCGCCGCUGCGUCGAGAAAUACGGCUUCAAAGGCGCCCUGAUCAACGAUACUCAACGCGCCGGCCCAGACGGCGACGACAUGAUCUUCUACGACAACGCAGAAUGGGAUAUCUUCUGGCAAACCUGCACAGAGCUCGACGUUCCCUUCUACAUGCACCCCCGGAACCCCACGGGCACAAUCUACGAGAAGCUCUGGGCUGAUCGCAAAUGGCUCGUGGGUCCUCCUCUUAGCUUCGCGCAUGGCGUCAGUCUACACGUUCUCGGCAUGGUCACGAAUGGCGUGUUCGACCGUCAUCCCAAGCUGCAGAUUAUCAUGGGUCACUUGGGUGAACAUGUUCCCUUCGAUAUGUGGCGGAUUAACCAUUGGUUCGAGGAUCGGAAGAAAUUGUUGGGUCUUGCUGAGACGUGCAAGAAGACGAUUCGGGAUUAUUUCGCGGAGAAUAUCUGGAUUACUACCUCUGGGCACUUUUCGACUACUACCUUGAACUUCUGUAUGGCGGAGGUUGGAUCUGAUCGGAUUUUGUUCUCGAUUGAUUAUCCCUUUGAGACUUUCUCCGAUGCUUGUGAGUGGUUUGACAACGCGGAGCUCAAUGGGACGGAUCGGUUAAAGAUUGGACGGGAAAAUGCGAAGAAGUUGUUCAAGCUUGGUUCUUACAAGGAUAGUUCCGCUUAG